UUUCCCCUCAGUGAAUGAGGAAUGCUAGUGAAGUUGAUGAAUUCUCUCUAAAAUCAACAUAGAUUAAUUGAAAUGUAAAGUGCUCUUCAUUAUCUGCGGAAUAACAUUUAUGCAGACAGAAUUGAAAAUGGAAAAUCAAACAUAGAAAGAGGCAAAUUCUUGGGCCUAACACAGACGUUGCUAUAGAGAUUAGAAGGGAAUUCGAGCUCGAGAGAUUUGCAAUUAGUUUAAAAUAAUAUAUACUAAAAGCGAUUUGUGUGGACUUUGCAAUGCAUGAGACAUCAUGAGCCACAUUCUCGUAUUGCAGUCGAUAUACAAUAAUAGCAAGGACAACAUACGAGCAGCAGCAACAACAACAACAAGGAUAACAAGUUGUUGUUGUCAUUAAGCACACGCCACACAGCUUUAGAAUGAAAUGGAGAUGCAAAGCGAGGCUGGUCAUGGACCAACAACAGCAACAACAACGACAACUGCAACAGAUGCAACAGCAACACCAACAGCUACAGAUGCAACAUACACAGUUGCCACACGUGACUUCAAUUGUCGUGUGGCAGAGCACAAACUUUGGCAACCUUUCAUUAACUGCGAGGCAGCCCAAAGUGCCAACGACAACUACAACAACAGGGACAGCAACAGCAACACCCACAACAGCAACAGCACGACGACAACAUUCCAUUGUAGCUUGCAAGCAUUUGAGAGAGACGAGGAGAAGGCAUUCUAUGCAUGCAACAGCAACAGCAACAACAACGAGGAAGAGCAGCAGGAGUGGGCAACAUCCUGUGCGCUAGAGACACAACUGUUGAGGCCGCCACACGAGGCGUAUGCGCAAUUUCAACUGGCAAUCAUCGAGGCCGUUAGUGAUAAUGUGAGUGAUACGCUUAGUUUUAGUGCCCAAUGCAAUCGACAACGCAGUCUGCUCGUCUGCAACGAACAACAGCAGCAGCAAACUCUACUCUGUCAGCUGCAACAGGAGCUGCUGAGCACAGCUGGCGAUGUGGCUGAUGUUGAUGUGAGUGCCACGACAACAUUGUACGACUAUCACAUUGAACUGGGCGAUGGCCUCUGGUCGUGGCUGAACCUAACCGAACUGGCCAACAAUGUCACUGGCAGCCUUGGCAACCAGACUGUCAGCAAUGUGACCGCCAGCCUCGACAUGAUACUGUCCAACUAUACGCUCUCGGACACGGCUCUAACCACCACGACCACGUCUGCGGCAACAGCAACAACUACCGACAGCGACAUUGUCAUUGCCAGAAGUAUAUUCGACUAUACGCCACACGGUUACGAUUGGCUCUUUCUUUUCGUCGUGUUUUUCAUCUUUGCCGGCGGUUUAGGCAAUAUUCUCGUGUGUCUCGCUGUCGCCUUGGAUCGCAAGCUGCAGAAUGUGACCAACUAUUUUCUGUUCUCGCUGGCCAUCGCCGAUCUGCUUGUCAGUCUGUUUGUGAUGCCCAUGGGCGCCAUUCCAGCAUUUCUGGGUUAUUGGCCACUCGGGUUCACGUGGUGCAAUGUCUAUGUCACCUGCGAUGUACUUGCCUGUUCGUCGAGCAUACUGCACAUGUGCUUCAUCAGUUUGGGGCGAUAUCUGGGCAUAAGGAAUCCACUCGGCUCUCGGCAUCGUUCCACCAAACGUUUGGCCGGCAUCAAGAUAGCUAUUGUCUGGGCCAUGGCCAUGUUGGUCUCCAGUUCGAUAACAGUGCUGGGUCUGGUGAAUGAGAAGAACAUUAUGCCGCAGCCAAAUGUAUGUGUCAUUAACAAUCGAGCGUUCUUUGUCUUUGGCUCCCUGGUGGCAUUCUAUAUACCGAUGCUGAUGAUGGUCUCCACAUAUGCGCUCACCAUUCCCUUGCUGCGCAAGAAGGCACGUUUCGCAGCCGAGCAUCCGGAGAGCGAGCUCUUCCGUCGGCUCGGCGGUCGUUUCACCAUUCGCCCGCAGCAUAGCCAGCAACAGUUGCAGAUGCACAGCAGCUUCAACAGCAAUAAUUACGGCAACAACAAAUGCCUCGCCAUGGGAGACAGCAAUCGCAACUUUAACAAUGACAGCGGAGGAGGCGGAGGUGGAAGUGGAGGUGGAGGAAGUGGCACAAGAACACGAUAUGCUGGGGAUGGAGGCACAAUGACUUCCAAUAACAAUGAGCCAACGGAGCGAGCAUUGAUGCAGCAACGGACAACAACAAAUAAUCGCAGCAUGGCCAGCGUUAGUUUUCGCAAUGUGGCCAAUGGGGCAAGUGGUCGAAAUGUCACGAGCAUUGGACGGAGCAGCUUCCGCUUUGCCGGCGGCGGCAUCUUGCGACAAUCCUCGACGCCAACAACAGCCACAACAACAACAACAUCGUUGUCGUCGGCCACAACGAGUUCAAUGCGCGGCAAGACACAACAGACGACGAGCAGCUUCUGGCGCAAGCACGGUGGCAAUCCCAAUCUCAUGGACAGCCAUCCCAAUCGACGAGCCUCGGUGCGCGUGAGCGUUUCUCAGCCACAAUUGGGUUACGCAACAAAUGGAAAUGGAGGCGGCAAAAACGGAGGCGCAACAGCUGCCACAACGAGCUGCACAAAUGCUGGAGGCGGCAGCGUUGGCUCCAGCCGAAUCAGCAUUGCCACCAUACACAGCCAGGGCAAUCAUCCACUGGAGCAGGUGACGACGUCGUCGUUGGCGUCGACAACAGCAGCAGCGACGACGGCGACAACAACAACGACAGCGGAGGAGAGACGCCACAAGCUGCGCCCCUUUAAGAUUGCUUUAAAUCGUGUGGCCACGCCCACGCUCAAUUUGCGUUUUCUCAACAGUCGCCAGAAACGCAACAGUCUCUCCGCCAAUGCUGUGGCCACCGAACAGAAGGCCACCAAGGUGCUGGGUCUGGUGUUCUUCACGUUUGUGCUUUGCUGGUCCCCGUUCUUCAUACUCAACAUCAUCUUUGCCGCCUGCCCCGAGUGCCAAGUGCCCGAGCAUGUGGUGAACACUUGCCUCUGGCUGGGUUAUGUCUCCUCCACGAUCAAUCCGAUCAUCUAUACCAUCUUCAAUCGCACAUUUCGUGCGGCCUUCAUUCGCCUCCUGAAAUGCAACUGUGAACGCUCGGGUCGUCCUCUGCGCUAUCGCUCCGUGACCGAAGGCAGGAGCGCACUGAGUCUCUGUGCACCCUCCGCCCUGCCGCUGGCCAUCUCUUUUCAGGGGGCUCCACUGAUGACGCCAUCAACGACAAAUGCCACGCCGCUGAGUGAGUUCCGGGGCAGUUAUACAAUCACCGACGACGAGUGCUGAACACGAAUUUAUGAGCCAUGCUUAUGGGAGAAACUGCAAAUAAAAAACGUAAACGUAAACGCAAAUGUAAAUCAGAUCGGAGCGCAAAACACAUAACGAAUAACGGUGUAUGUACUUCUAAGUGUGUGUGUAAUCAAAUGUAAACUACAGGGUGAUUCAUUCAAAAUCAAAUCAAAGAGCAAAACAAAAUGUUACCUAGGCAAACAAACCACAAGAGAGAAACCUAUAAACUUAGAUAACAAACUCCCUUCAUAUCAUUAGCGAUGAAUGAAUGAAAAUAUAGUACUAAAAUAGUGUGUGACUGUGUGUGUAUGUGUAUUCUAUGUAUUAGCUAGGUGUGACUGUACCUGUCAUUUUGCAUGCCGCCAUCUUGUAGCUUUAAGCAACUCAACUGUACUUACUAUUAAGAUCUAAGCAUUUCCGCAACAGAAACAAAAACCGAAACCGAAACUAUUAAUAGUAUAUUUUGAAAACUAUAUAGAAUCGUAGGCAUAAGCUAAUGCUGCUCUCUAAGGCAAAAGUUGUAUAAGUGUUUGUUAUUAAACUGUAGCUGUGUUUGUUAGUCACUCGAAUUAGUUGCUAUUCAAAACUGUCUGACUACCAAAAAAAAAAACAAAUUCAUUCUAUUAUUUCCUUCGAUGUUAGUUUACAAGCAUAAGUAUUUUAUGCUCUAAGUUUAUGGUAUUAAUACAUUUAAUUGCUAUAAAUAAACUAC